AUGCAAAAAGGCAAUGGGCUGGAGUAUCAGUCAAUACAUCAUUGCAGAUUCGUUGAAAACUGCCAAGGAAAGGGUCAGAAGAAACAGGAGACUCUGCAAAGGAUUGUCUCUACUCUAGCGAACAAAAAUGAUGAAAUUCACAACUUCAUUGACAUGCUGAACCAAACAAUAAAAAAUGUUCAGGUAAACUCUUCGAAUGCAAUCAGCGAGUUGGAUGAAGAAUUUGAAGGUCUGUAUUCUAUAUUGGAUGAGAUGAAGGGGAGUAUGGCCAACACUAUUCAGCAAGAAGAGGCUCGUAAAAUUCAGGCUCUGCAGGAUCAGCUUAGCCAGUGUAGUAAUGCCCUAGAGAGUUCUGAAGAGCUGCUGGAACUUGCUGCGCAGUCGCUGGACAUAAAGGACUCUGCGGAAUUCUUGAAG